AUGGGGCAUUCUUUGUCUAAGGAGGUGUCCUUCAUUAAGGAUCUUAAAGCCUCCCUUCGAGAGAGAGGAAUUAGGGUCAAGAAAAAAGAUUUAAUAAAUUUCUUUAUUUACAUUGACAAGGCCUGUCCUUGGUUUAUGUUGGAUGGCCCUACCAUUCAUCCCAAAAAAUGGCAAAAGGUAGGACGUGAGCUCAAUCAAAAAUUAACUGUUUUUUCCUUUUGGGGCAUUACAAGAGAUAUUGUUGAGGAUGCCGACAAUGAUGCUGGCAAACGACAGUUACUUUCGGUUGCUGAAUAUUGUCUUUCUUCAUCCAAGCAAAAUUCACCCGCCGCUUCUCGUCCUCCCUCUCAUGCUUCUGAUUCCUUCUCUUUGGCUAAUGCCUCUCCUCUUCCUAGCCUCCCUCGACUUUAUCUGCCUCUUUCCACUGCUGAUGUCCUGCCACCAUACUCUGGGACGUCUAAUCACAAAGAAUCUUUAAAAUCCCUCGGCUCACCCGUCUCAUUUACACAAGAUCCUGAACCCCUAGAUCCUGGAGAUGCCGCUACGCUCGAGGACGAGGCCGCUCAAUAUCAUAAUAAUGAUGACCCUCCACUCGCCUCCGCACCUCUGCCAUCUGCUCCUUUUGUCCUCCCAUCCUUCCCUACACUGCCUACAGAUAUCCUCUCAGAGACCCGCUCGCAGGCAAGCCGUAUUUCUGGCCCUUCUCAAUCCACGCCGACUCGCCCUGAUCAUGUUAGCAUUAGAAUCCUUGAUGAUGAGGCCUCCGAUGAGCAAAAUAGCGAAAGUGAUAGCGAAGAGGGGCCCCAGUCUCCUAACUCCUCUAGCGCCCCUGCUAGUUCUUCUGCUAAAGUCAAAACAAAAUCCUCCUCCGAGGAGCCUGGUGACUUUCAUCCCCUUCGCUUCAAAAAAUUAGAAAAACUUAACUCAGCCGUCCGCACCUAUGGCCCUAAUGCUCCUUUUACUGUUUCCCUCCUUGAAAGUAUGGCUGGGGGCGGAUUCCUGACACCCAGUGAGUGGCUUACUGUUGUCCAAUCGGUUCUCACAAGAGGCCAAUUUCUCUCAUGGCAGGCUGACUGGUAUGACCGCUGCCGCAAUCUGGCUAAUAACAAUUUAAAAAAUCCUGACAAAGCCUCAGCAAAAUGGACAUUUAAUAAAUUAACAGGACAGAAAAAAAUAUGCUCCAGAACAAGUACAGCGUGCUUUCUCUGUCGGGCUCUUAGCUCAAGCCCAUGGGGCUGCCCUUGCCGCGCAAUUCCAGUUAAGGGGUCUGUUCUUUCACCCUUAACAAAGAUUAUCCAAGGCAAUAAUGAGGACUAUUCAGAAUUUGUGGGGCGCCUCCUUGAGGCAGCGGAGCGAUCAUUGGGAUCCGAUAAAAUAGAACAAAAAGAAAGUAAACUCCUUAAACAGCUGGCCUUCGAUUUGACCCCUAGAUUUAACCGCUCCCGCUUUAGGCCCUCCUCGAGGACCAUCUACUCCCGGAUCCUCGGACAUUUUCUGGAUUCACCAAAUGACUCAAGAGCGACCCACUCUAAAACUUAA